CAAAUCUGGUGUUUUGCCGGAAAUUGGCCAUGUGGCAUGAUUCCAGCCCCAUCUGCCUGGCAGUUGCGUCACAGCCCGCCAGCGAAGCCCUGUCGGGGACAAGCCCGAUAUGGGCGGGCUUUUUGCGGUGUUUCUGCCACUGCAGCCACGACCUGGCGACUGAGUCGGCUAAGUGGUCAGCUUCUGCUCCGUCCAACGCGAGAUUCAGCACGGUUGGCCUCAGAAAAGCCCGAACUCCUCUCCGAUUUAGCUGGGUUGGCAGACUUUGGCUGUGAUGAUACUGGCUGCACAGUAGAUGUGGAUGCAAGCUCAAAUGGCAGCACGUCAAUGAAGGAGGACCCGUCUGCAGAAUUUAUUUCUACAGAGGCUGCUGAAGUCUCGCGCUUCCUGGCACGUCCUGGUGACUUUACAUAUGCUGUCACUGAAGUAACUGCUGAAGGCCGUGUGAGCUCGAUGACUAUCACCCGCAGCAAGCUUCUGACCGAGACAGGUCUUAGGCCACGAGAUCUCCGGGCUGUCUCUGUGCCGCUGAAGGACUCUGACGCUGGCCCAAUGCUUUCCAGCAGGCGUAGUGGUCUCCUCAUAGGACUGGGCGACGUGCGUGCAGUGGUGGAGGAGGCUCGUGCCUUGCUUUUUGGGCCUCGAAGCCGUGAUCAGAUCCGAUUCUUGCGUGUGCUGGAGAAUCAGAAACGGGCUUUAGCAGAGGGCGCAGGCAUGUCGCAAGCAAGCAGCUUCCGGAUGGUCUUUGUUGAGAGCGCCUUGUUGGCGCUGAGCCGGAACCUCGCCUCCAGGCUGUUUGAGAUCCGAAAGCGCACCGAGCCAAAGUUGCGGGCGCCACCGGUCUUGCGGGAGCCUGACUUGGAGGAGGUUCGCCAACUCCGGCGCACACUGGUACGAUGUGCCAGCCAAGCCUCUGCAGUGCCUGACGUCCAAGUGGAGUCAUCUGCAUUGCUUUCCCGACUAGAUGGGGACGAGGCGAAGCUUUUGGCCGCCGGUGACACCGAUCCUGCUUCACAUGAUGAGUGGGAGGCCUUACUGGAGUCGUACCUUCAGGCAUACAGUGAGCUAUCCAGGCAAUGCACCUCCCUGCUCCAAGAUAUCGAGGACUUUGAAGGCUCAGCAAGUUUGGCACUCCAGGCUAGGCGACUGCGGGUGGAGCAAUUUGAGCUGAGCCUGGUUAUUGCUUCGGUAUCCAUUGCAGCAGGUGGAAUUGUACCUGGGGCAAUGGGCAUGAAUCUCGUGAGCGGAUACGAGUCAUCAGAUGUGGCAUUUCGUAUAGCCCUUUUGAUCACCGUCUGUGUGGUGAUUUGCCUCUUCUUGACCAUCAGAUUUCUAGCGGCCCGACAGGGGUUUCUUCUGUAGUGCUUGCAGAUCCACACAAGCUUGGACCAGACCUUGCCUUACUCAAUGCAAA